AUGACUAUUGGUGGAAGUCUUGGUGUUGGCCUUCAUCUUCCUGGUAUUGGCAUCGGUGGCGGCAUUAGCAUCGGUGGCGGAUUUGGCCUCGGUAGUGGCGGUGCCGACGAACCCCCAAAAUCAGUUCCAGUUCCUACAGAUGAUCCCUCCAUUCAAGAACUAGGAAAGUUUGCAGUGGAAGAAUUCAACAUUAAAUAUAAUGAUAAUCUCAAAUUCCAAUCCGUUUAUAAAUACGAGAAGUUCGUGUUAGAUCCAUAUGCCACAAACUACAAUCUCUGGUUAACAGCAAUAGACUGUUUGAAACGUCUGCUCAAUUUUAAGGCUAGAGUGGCUGAAGUUAAAGUAGAUGGGACGAUCCAGUUGACACUUGAAUCUUUCGACCCAGUCGACACUUGA